CCCGGCAUCGCGAAUCCCAGAACCCAUCGACAGACGGGCUUGCAUCAGGGCCGCAGGUGCACUCGACUCCCAACAUCCCAUCGUCUCUGCUAUGAGCCAGGAUCCCCCCGAGUUCUGGCGAGAGGGCAUGGCGGCCAACGCAACCCAGUCGCGCCCCAUCAACACCCAGCGUAGGCAUCCGACCGAGGGCCAUCCGUACCCGAAGACAAGUGCGUCUGCCCUUCGGUCCCUUUCGAGCCUCUGGCUGGGCUCACUGCCGGCAGCGGCGCCCUUGUGGAUCAUGCGGGUAGCGCAGCUGGAUGCAGACGUGCUGGAUAGCGAGCUAAUAGGCACGCUCAAGGAUAACUUGAUGCAAGUGCUUGCACCAUGGAAGUCAUCCUGGACGGAUCGCCUGGAGCCAGAGAUCAACGCCGUGCUGGAAUCUCUUAUCUAUGGCUUAGCCAUGUCCACUUUUGGAUCGAGCUACGGCGAGGCUCUCGAGAAUCUCAAGUAUCGCAACGAGCUCAAGCACGCUGCUGCCAACGAGCAUCUUCCGAUCGAUGCAAGGCUCUCGCGGCUCCAGAUUGUGUUGCGUGGUCUCUUGACAAUCGGCGGACACUGGGCUUGGACUCGGCUCACUCGCUACACCACAACUCAAGAAUGGAGCCAGCGGGACGAGAGCGAUAUCCGUUUUAGACUCUGGGGCUGGAUGCAGAGCUGUGAGGUUCUGUUCAAGGCGGUGUCCCUCGUCAACUUUUUGGCAUUUCUCUAUGGCGGCAGAUACCGAACGGUCGUUGACCGUCUGCUCGGCGCGCGGCUGGUCUACCGCCAGCGGGAAAUGACCCGAAGGGUUGAUUUUGACACCAUGAACGGCCAAUUGAUAUGGCAAACACUUGGGGACUUUCUGCUGUUCUUGGUGCCGUUCGUAAAUCUCCAGAAGCUCAAAAACAAACUCGCUCGGGCACUCUUCCGAGAGCCCGCUGUCCAAUUGCCCGAUCACAUGUGCGCUAUCUGUCAUUCGCUCAACCGCACAUCCAGUGCCAUCCAUACGCCAUUUGUCACAAACUGUGGCCACGUCUACUGCUACUACUGCAUCAAAUCCAGUAUCCUCUCGGACUCGUCCUAUCCGUGUCCUCGCUGCGGAGCUACUGUGGUUUCCAUCAAGCCACAAAUCGUUCUCGGCUCAGGACGUGAUACCACCGAAUCGUCGCAGUAGGACAGAGUUGCAGCCAUGAGAUACAACUGUGUAGCGGCACAAGGCAGCGCAUGUUGUGACGACGGGAGUAUCGGAUGAGUGUAUUGUCUCAAUGACCAGGCUUCUGGACUUCACUGUUGGCGAUGUGGCACUGGGCAAUAAGCUUAUUUUGUCUUGGCGAUGCGGAGCUUGCCGGGGACAUACUGGCGAGCAGUUAAGAUCGAGCAAAGUAUCAGUGAGACAGACCGAAACGAGGCGCGACUCUGAUACAGCGACGCCGCUUGCACCGCUGCAGCCGCAGUCCCAUGUAGCCUUGCUUUGGCGAUGGACGAAUGCGAUUCCAGGGUCCGAACGACUGCUCUCCGUUAUCGCAUAGUUCACCUUGUAGUUUUCGGCAUAAGACU